AUGUAUUUCAUACAGAGCUGCCGCGCAGUAUUACCUGAUAUCUUCGUACCUUUCUGGUUGGCCUUUGAAGAUAAUAUAUGCGGUGGGAAUUCCGGUCACUUUGCAAGAGAUAUCUUAGUAAUCAUAUUACUACACAAUAGCCUAUCACUGGGAUAUCUGGGGUUUACCAUGGAUAUCUGUGGAGCUGUCCAGGUUACUCCAGCUAGCUUGAUUGGCUAUCCCUUCCACACCAUCCUAUUGGUGAAAUCCCCGGGGACGGUGGGGUCAGGUGACCGAGGCACGAUAGUACUACUAUUACCUAGUUCUAGUAAUGAUGGAUUCUCCAUGCUCCAUCCACUCCAUCUCCCUCACUGCCAUCCAUCACUCAAUCCGCAAUGCUGUAUAAUGUCGUUUCUUUGCGAUCAACACCCCUGGUUAAACGGAGGAAAGUGCGCCGAGCAUUGUCGUGCGAACAAGAUCCAAUGCAGCAAGCCGACCCAGCACUCGAAACCACCUCCUGGUAACCGGAAACUGCAGCCGGUUGCUCCACGGAGUCCCCCGCCAGCCCAGUCUGCACCGCCAUCCACCCCGUAUCAGGCCGGCCCCGACCAGCAAUUGAGGCCAAGAUCCAGUUCACAGGGGAGUCUAUCCGCACCCCAUGCUGCCAUCGCUCCUCCGCCCCAGCAGUUGGACUCAUUCGCCAGCUUCACCUCUCGGAUGAAUCGUUUCUGCUCUAUGGUAUCGCAGAUGUCAGCACGCCCAUCCCCUCAACCUAUCGAUCCGGGUCCUUCAGACGUUCAGUAUUCCUCGCCAGAAUUGCUGAGAAGAAGCGAGUCAGAUGUGCCACACCUGCCGCUGGAAAACUUACAGGAACUUCAAACAGCCCUGUUUGAUGUCUUCUGGACUCGGUAUUAUCUCUUAAUGCCGAUUGUUAGCCCGGAAGACUUGACAACCAAGUCAGGUCGAAAGUCUGAGCCCUUGCGGCAAGCUCUGAUGGCCUACUGUUUACAAUCAAUCCAUUACGCGGGGCUUCAUGACCGCUUGCUAAGCAUUCAAUUGGGAUCAAUAUCAUCGCACGCAGGGGAUAAUUUCGCUCAAGCCCCUUCGCUGGCUAGCCUGUAUGUUGCUUUUUUCCAACGGGCUCUUGGGACGAACAGCUACUAUCUCAUGUACGCAGAGCCUUCCUUAGUAGACGUGCAGCGGCAUCUCUUUAUGGCCGCUUUUCUACAGAACUCUGGAGAAUACCAGGCAGCAUACAAUAUCAUUGGCGUGGCGCUGCGACUUGCACAGUCGCUGGACCUACAGCACCCCCUGGUAUCACGUGCGACCACACACGAAGCGGAAACGCGCCAUCACGUUUGGUGGACAUUGGUACACCUCGACUUCCAGUGCUCACGGUUUCUGGGAAAGCCUAUGUCUGUCUCCCUGAAUGAUGCGACACUCAACACGCCACUCUCAAGCCCUCAACAUCCUUGGCCAACCUCGGAGCUCGGAUUUCACUCGGCGUCGGUUUCGCUCACUGUGGUAGCAAGGAAGAUGGUCGAGGAACUGGAGCAUCAUGCGCGUGAUGUGUCAGGGACAACUGAUCGAUAUACUCAGAUUGAGCGCCAUGCGCACCAUUUGUCGCGGGAAAUCAACGGCCUGUACCGAUGGAGGGAUCAGAUUCUGGAAGCGAACCUAUACGCCAACAUUACACUUGCCUGUAAUGUUUAUCAACCAGACGAGGCUACUACUUCCAUGGAUCGGCUGAAACACGGUCGUCAGAAUGCAACAUUGUCGUUUCAUGAGGCCCCAGCGCUCACCUUACAGAAAACACUUUUAGAGCUUCAAUACCAUGACAUUGUUCUCUGGGCUCACCGGCCAUUUAUCCAGUUCCCAAGUCGCGGCUUGGUUCCGCAACGGAGUCCACAAGCCGAUAUACACGCCACCACAGCACUACAACAUGCGCUAACCGUCACAGACCUCAUACACCAGCGCAUGCUUUAUCACGAUGCUCUCUAUGGAUGUUCAGAAAUUUACCAGUACGUGUGGAACGCCGUUCUCACGCUUGUGGGGUUUAUGCUGGCCUACCCCCUAUGCUACUGGUUCCCACUUGCUCAGCAACAUGUUGAGCGAUCACUUCCGAUCUUUGAGGGGGCAGGGACAAUCAACCCAAUUGCAUCUCGAGCGGCUCACCGGACGCAGUAUCUACUAGGGAGAGUCAGUGCCCUCAUAGAGUUGCUUAGUUCGCAGUCAUCUGCGUUUGGCAAUCGCAACGAUUACCAGAUGGUACAGACCGACGACCACAUCGAAACGGAGAACCAGCAAUCUGUGCCCUUUACAUCCGAGGAGGACUCUCUAUGGUCAUUUGCAGAUACUGUCGACCCUAACACCUGGUCUGGUUACUGUCACGAAAUCAGUGAUUUGCUGAUGGACGUGCCCGAGAUACAUAUGGGGAGUUCUUAUUGA